UUCCAAUUCAACUUCUACAACGGCUUUACUUGCAACCAUUCGGUGGCUUUUCCAACACCAAAAACCCCAAACGGCCGCCGAUAAGCGCCGAGCUCCAUCACCUCACGGCGGCAGGGGUGCCCUUCCUUCUCAAGGCGGUUGCCCUUCCGACCUCCUCUUCCUUGCCGGUGGCGGUUCCCUUUGCUCUCUUCCACUCAUUCCCUUCGCUUUUCUUUCUUUAUUUUGUUCUAUAAGGCAGAUUAGCGCUAUUCGCAUUGUCGGCUGGCGAGAAAUUGAAGAGAAUGUUGACCAUCAAAAGAGUUCCGACCGUGGUCUCCAACUACCAGGAAGAAGCUUCAGAAUCUCUCGGGUGUGGCCGCAACUGCCUUGGACACUGCUGCUUACCUGUAUCAAAACUUCCUUUGUAUACAUUCAAGAAAAAUGUGGAGGAUUCAUCUGAAGCAAGGGUUGAGGUUUCAUCUGAGGGACAACCUCCAGCAUCUUUCCUGGACAACCUGUUGCUUGGACAGUGGGAGGAUCGGAUGAGUCAAGGCCUGUUCCGGUAUGAUGUGACUUUAUGUGAGACAAGGAUUAUCCCUGGGAACUAUGGUUUUAUCGCACAGCUGAAUGAGGGAAGGCACAUGAAGAAACGACCCACAGAGUUUCGGGUUGACCAAGUUCUUCAGCCCUUUGAUGAGAAUAAGUUCAAUUUCACCAAAAUUGGCCAAGAAGAAGUCCUUUUCAGGUUUGAGCAGAGCAAUGACAACAAUGCCCAUUACUUCCCUGUCUCACCAGUCACUGCUGAUUCAAACUCUUCAAGUGUUGUUGCCAUAAAUGUCAGCCCGAUCGAGUAUGGACAUGUGCUUCUAAUACCCCAUGUUCUUGAUUGCUUGCCUCAGAGGAUUGAUCAUGAUAGCUUCUUGCUUGCCCUGCAUAUGGCUAAAGAAGCAGCAGAUCCUUUCUUUAGAUUAGGUUACAACAGUUUAGGUGCCUUUGCCACCAUUAAUCACCUCCACUUUCAGGCAUAUUACUUGAUGGCACCAUUCCCAGUUGAGAAAGCUCCAACCGAGAGGAUAAUUAGGAGGGGGAAACUGCCUAACAGUGGGGUGAUGAUUUCAAAGAUGUUAAAUUAUCCUGUGCAAGGCUUUGUUUUUGAGGGUGGAAAUUCGAUGCAGGAUCUAUCUGAUACCGUUGCUAAUUCUUGCAUUUUCCUUCAAAAUAACAACAUCCCUUACAAUGUCCUCAUUUCUGAUUGUGGGGGGAGAAUAUUUCUGUUUCCACAGUGUUUUGCAGAGAAACAAGCACUUGGAGAAGUAAGCCAGGAGCUUCUUGACACACUAGUAAACCCAGCUGUAUGGGAGAUCAGUGGACAUAUGGUGCUGAAGAGAAGAGAGGAUUAUGAGAAUGCAUCAGAGGAGUAUGCAUGGAGACUUCUUGCUGAGGUUUCCCUCUCAGAGGAGAGGUUCCAGGAAGUGAAGGGUUAUGUGUUGGAAGCAGCAGGUUUGCAGGAGGCAGAUAUGGAGGAGAUUCAGGAGAAUGAGAGGGAUCGAGAGGAAGAUAUUAACAAGCCCCCUACUCCUCGACCUACCCCCACAUUUGCCUGAAGAUUGCAUGGUACAGCCUUGGAGGAUUAGAUUUUUGUUGGGCUUGUCACACGAGGUUACUUCUUUGACAUGUGCGCAUUAUAUUAGGCAUAUGAACAGGAUUCCCAGUAUUGUGGUAGUUCUGCAAGCAAUUGCUUUGCAAUAGUAUAUGCCAACUUUCUAAUUAACUGUUAUCAGUUUCCAGGGAAGGGAUAUCCAUUUCCUUGUAUACUCUCAUUUUGCAGAAACACAUAUUUGUGUUAUUUGCUUCCAUAAGAAAUAAAGAUUUGUUACCUUUUCUCUGGA